AUGGCUGGAGCUGGAGAAGGAAAUGGAGCAAAAACGGCUGGAGAAGGAAAUGCGGAGCGACAACGGCUGAGAGAUGAGAGGGAGCUAGAGCGACGUAAACAAAUGCUGGAAAUAAGGGCUUCCAUGAAAUCACUAUCGGCAAAUGGUAGUCAAGUCUGCGGAUCUGAGACACCUCUGUGUCAUGUUCAACGUAGUUUGCGAGUGACGCAGGAACAGGUAUACCGAGCCAGGUGUAUGAUGGGAGAACAACACGCAGGAGAUGGGAUGACUAAAUAUCACCUGAAAAUGAAAGCUAAGCUCGUCUUGGACUACGAGAGAAGAAGAAGAAAUGACAAGUUGUCACAUGUUGAAGUUCACGACGAUGGAACCCUGACCAUAGAGGUGACAGAUCUUUACGCUCUGGACAACGCUGCGGCUCAUCAUACUGACCACUUCCUCGUCGUCGCCGACCUCCCGGGCGUCCCCGUGCUGCGUCGCGGCCUACCCUUCUAUCUAGCGGUGAGGUUUUGUCGGCCCUUGGACACGGCGAAAGACAUGGUGAGCUUCGUCUUUGAACUGGGACCAAGACCGGAAAUCAUCUGUGGGACGCGGCACGUGAUCUCGGUUUCUUCCAAACCGGAAGUUGCUGCCAAUAAAUCCUCAUGGGAUGCCCGGGUUCAUCGGCAGGACUCAAACGUCACCAUUUUCCAGGUAAGGAUUCCAGUGAAGUGUCCUGUUGGAAUUUGGCAUUGCAAUAUUGUCACCUCCAAAGUAGACACAACUCGUUCUGAAACCAAAGAGUUUAACAUAGAGAAAGAUAUCUACAUUCUCUUCAAUCCUUGGUGUCCAGAUGACGGAGUGUUUCUGGAUGGGGAUGCCAGGGAACAGUUCGUUUCCAGCGACUAUGGCAGGGUUUGGACCGGGACCCAUCGUCACCCUAUAGCCCGCCCCUGGGUGUUCGGACAGUACGACGAUGUCGUCCUUCCAGUAGCCAUGCUGCUGCUGGAGGAGUCGUCCUUGGAGCACUCCAGGAGAGGAAAUAUCGUGGAAGUAGCCAGGGCCAUUGGUACUGCGUUGAGAGCUAAGAUUGAGAAGCAGACGUCGAGCGUGUCAAGUAGAAGCUCGGCAGCGUGCACCGGUUCCGUGGCAGUUUUGGAGAGAUGGUUGAAGGAGACGGACACGUCGCACUUUGGUCAAACCUGGGUUUGUUCAUCAGUGGCAGUCACAGUGUUUAGAGCCCUUGGUAUCCCUAGUCGACCAGUCACUAGCUACAUCUCUGCCCACGGAUCUCUGACUCUUGUGAGAUACAUGAGUGAUGAGGGGGAAUGGUUAGACCAACUCCUAAGUGACAAUCUCCCCUGGGGCUUCCAUGUGUGGGUGGAAGCGUGGAUGGCCAGACCUGACCUGACGGAAGGUCAUAAUGGCUGGCAGGUGAUAGAUCCUAAUGUUACAGGAAAGUCAAUCUGUGGACCUACGUCAGUCGAAGCUGUUCGCCAAGGAAACAUUGGUCAGAUGUUCGACACGGCGAUGGUUUACGCUACGCUCAACGGAGAGCUUCUGCAUAUGAAGGAAGAUCCUGGAGGUGAAAAACAGUUUAUGAAACUGCGACCAACUCAGUAUGGAGUGGGCUGUAAAAUAGUCACCGACUCAGUACGACCGGACAUUGACACAACAGAGGCUUGUUUUAUUGAUGUCACAAAAACAUACAAAAAUGAAAAAGGAUCUGCAGAAGAACACAAGAAAAUUGUCAAUUCGAUACUUGGAUUUCCCCCUUCUCCAAAACCCUACGCAAAAUCAAAACGUGAGAAAAACGAAGAAGUUUUGUUUGAACUUGUGGAGAUCAAUCAAGUGAUGUUUGGACAACCCUUCAGUGCGUCAAUUCGUGUUCAGAAUAAAGGUCAAAGGGAUCUCAGUAUUUCUGUGUCUGUAUCAGCCUACUCAGUGCUUAGUAAUGGUGAAAAAGCACAUUUUAUUGGUUUGAGGAAGAAUACGUAUACACUUCAGCCAGGUCAAAAGGACGCCUUAGUGCUCUCAGGAGAGCCCGUGGAAUACGUUGAUAAACUCGUGGAUCAUAGUUUGAUCAAAGUAUUGGCCCUUGGUGAAAUAAAGGAGUCCGGGAUCAAAUGGUGUGAAGAGGACGACUUUCAGAUGAUCAAACCAAAACUAACUCUUGAGGUAAAGGGGGUGCCAAAAGUUGGACAAGAAUGUACCGUGUCAUUUUCCUUCCAGAACCCUUUAGACAUAAUGUUGUCCCACUGUAUCUUCUGUAUGGAAGGGCCUGGCUUGGUUAGGCCAAUUUUGAAGAAGCAUAGGGAUGUUAUGCCAAACGAGUUGGUUACACUAACGGAAUGUAUAGUUCCAAAAAUUGCGGGCAAUCGAAAUAUAAAUGCGUCAUUUACUUCCAGACAGCUGACAGAUAUUCUGGGCUCAUCUAGUCUAUAUGUUGAAUGACCACCGUAUAAUGUAACGUAAUAAACAAAUGCAAUUGCAAGACUAAUUAGUAUGUCUAAAAAG